AUGGGCAUAAUCAACUUGACUUCAAAGUCAAGUGAAGUCUGGCGUUACAAGCAAAUUAACGUACUCGACGAAAACAUGCGACUCGAACACGGUGAGGAGCAACGUGCAACGUGUGAUAACCUUUCUAACAUCCUGAUGCUUGUUGCACUACAUGUCGAGGAGGAUCAUCAGUCUACCGUUUUGUUACAAAUCUGUCGUAGCAAUUUUCUAAUAUCAAGGAUAAUUGCGCACACCGUCCUUUCCACAAAAUAG